AUGGAAGGGGAAAACGCCAAUGAGUUCUACAGAGAGUGCCAAAGAAACCAUGCAGCCAAUCUCGGCAACUAUGCAACUGAUGGCUGUGGAGAAUUUUUGCAAGAUCAAACUUCCCCGGGUGCACUACUGUGCGCUGCAUGUGGAUGCCACCGCAAUUUCCACCGCAAACUCACCUAUGGAGCAAACUACAACCGUGGCUCCAACUCCAACCAAGAAACAGCCACCGAGAUGAUGGAGUAUAGUGGAGGCGGCGAUGGUGGCAGCGGAGGAGGACAGCAGGCGGCCGAAUCGCCGGACAGGAUGAGCAGCAAGAAGAGGUUGAGGACAAAGUUUACACCAGAUCAGAAGGAGAAGAUGCUUGCAUUUGCUGAGAAGUUGGGAUGGAAGCUGCAAAGAAAAGAUAUGGAGGAUGAGGUGGAAAGGUUUUGUAGCAGCAUAGGUGUGAAUAGGAAGGUUUUUAAGGUGUGGAUGCACAACCACAAAAACUCUUCCUCAGCCUCUACAUCUGCUGGCAAUGCUUCAUCUCUCACUCAAUAGAGAAACAGAUCUUGGGAGGUUUGUUUAAAACUUUAAUCAAGUUCUUUUGGGGUGACCUUAAUUAGCACUACUGAAAAUAUGAUGAAAACGGUUUUAAUACUACUGAUAUAUUCUCUAAUUUCUUUAGUCAUUCAAUUGAUGGAGCAAACAAAACUAAUCAUUCUA